GCAGUGCUCACUUGGUGCACACGUGGGCUGUAGGAUGGCGGCUCACCGCUCCGGGCCGCUGAAGCAGCAGAAUAAAGCUCAUAAAGGCGGGCGGCACCACGGCGGCGGGUCCGCACGACGGGACAGCAAAGGCCGGGUAGGACCGAAAAUCCUCUGCAAGAAGCUGAAGAGGCAGCUCAGCCGAGUAGAUCAGAGGCAUCGCGCCAGCCAGCUCCGAAAGCAAAAGAGGGAGACCGUUCUGGCAGAGAAGAGGCAGCUGGGCAGCAAGGAUGGGCCUCCACAUCAGGUGCUGGUGGUGCCUCUGCACAGCAGGAUCUCCCUUCCGGAGGCAUUUAAACUGCUUCAGAAUGAAGACUUGGGGACGGUGCAUUUGAGUGAACGGGGAAGCACCCAUAGUUUUAUGCUUCUAUGCCCUAGCUUGAAACAUCGAUGGUUUUUCACAUAUGCAAGCCCAGGGGAUCUGCAUACUCUGUUAGACAUGGCUAAAGUCGCUGAUACCAUCCUGUUCCUCCUGGACCCACUAGAAGGCUGGGACAGCACUGGGGAUUAUUGCCUGUCUUGCCUUUUUGCUCAGGGCCUUCCCACCUAUACACUAGUUGUCCAGGGCCUUUCUGGCUUCCCACCAAAGAAACAAAUAGAUGCCAGAAAGAAGCUAAGUAAAAUAGUGGAGAAACGCUUCCCUGAAGACAAACUUCUGCUACUAGACACACAGCAGGAGUCAGGGAUGUUACUUCGACAGUUGGCUAACCAGAAGCAACGGCAUCUUGCUUUUCGGGAUCGGCGAGCUUACUUGUUUGCCCAUGUUGCUGACUUCGUGCCUAGUGAGGAGAGUGACUUAGUGGGCACCUUGAAAAUCUCAGGCUAUGUUCGUGGGAGGACUCUUAAUGUCAAUAGCUUGCUGCAUAUCGUUGGACACGGUGAUUUCCAAAUGAAUCAAAUAGAUGCGCCUGUGGAUCCGUUCCCUUUAAAUCCUAGAGUGAUUAAAUCCCAGAAGAAACCAAACAUGGCAAUGGAGGUUUGUGUUACAGAUGCUGCUGCUGACAUGGAAGAAGACCUUAAGGUUCUGAUGAAGGCAGACCCCGAUCAACGGGAGACUUUACAAACAGAGGUUAUUCCAGAUCCUAUGGAAGGAGAGCAAACCUGGCCCACUGAAGAGGAGCUGGAUGAGGCAGACGACUUACUGAAGCCACGGUCCAGGGUGGUAAAGAAGGUCCCCAAGGGAACAUCCAGUUACCAGGCUGAGUGGAUUCUGGAUGAAGGUGAUGAAAGUGAUGGGGAAGGUGGUGAAUAUGAUGAUAUGCAACAUGAAGGUUUCAUGGAAGAGGAGUCCCAGGAUGGGAGUGGUGAGGAGGAAGAGGAAGAAUGUGAAACUAUGACUCUUGGGGAGUCUGUGCGUGAUGAUCUAUACGAUGAGAAAGUAGAUGAAGAGGACGAGGAGAGAAUGUUGGAGAAAUACAAACAAGAAAGACUGGAAGAGAUGUUUCCAGAUGAAAUGGAUACCCCCCGUGAUGUGGCUGCUAGAAUUCGAUUUCAGAAAUACAGAGGCCUCAAGAGCUUCCGGACAUCUCCUUGGGACCCUAAAGAAAACCUUCCUAGAGAUUAUGCUCGGAUAUUUCAGUUUCAGAAUUUUGUUAAUACUAGAAAAAGAAUCUUUAAAGAGAUUGAGGAAAAAGAAGCUGAAGGAGCUGAGGUUGGCUGGUAUGUUACACUCCAUGUUUCUGAUGUCCCUGUCUCAGUGGUCGAGUAUUUCAGGCAAGGAGCGCCCUUGAUUGCAUUUUCCUUGCUACCUUAUGAACAGAAGAUGUCAGUAUUAAACAUGGUGGUGAGCCGGAACCCUGGCAACACGGAACCUGUGAAGGCCAAAGAAGAACUGAUCUUCCACUGUGGGUUCAGGCGCUUCCGGGCCUCGCCUCUGUUCUCUCAGCACACGGCAGCUGAUAAACAUAAAUUUCAAAGAUUCCUGACUGCUGAUGCGGCCUUAGUGGUGACAGUGUUUGCGCCAAUCACGUUCCCUCCUGCAUCUGUGCUGCUUUUCAAGCAGAGAAGAAAUGGAAUGCACAGUCUCAUCGCUACAGGCCAUCUGUUUUCAGUGGAUCCAGACAGGAUGGUCAUAAAGAGAGUGGUUCUGAGUGGUCAUCCUUUUAAAAUUUUUACUAAGAUGGCAGUAGUGCGCUACAUGUUCUUCAACAGAGAGGAUGUGAUGUGGUUUAAGCCUGUGGAACUGAGAACCAAGUGGGGCCGACGGGGACACAUCAAAGAGCCUCUAGGUAAGAACCUGGGAUUCCCAGGUGUUGGUUAUCUGGGACUAGUGGGCUGGAAGUUCACUGCUUACAAGUGUCUGCCUUACUUUGACCAAUUCUGCAUUUUCCUUCUAGGUACCCAUGGCCAUAUGAAGUGCAGUUUUGAUGGGAAGCUGAAAUCUCAGGACACAGUAUUAAUGAAUCUCUAUAAGCGAGUAUUUCCCAAGUGGACUUAUGACCCAUAUGUACCAGAGCCUAUACCUUGGGUUAAAAGUGACAUCUCUUCAACAGUGUCUGAAGUAGACAUGGAGUAACAGAGAUUCAGUUGGGUUCUGUCUCUACUGUAGCCAAAACUCCAGUGUUGGAGUCUGUGGGUUGUGACUGGGUUGUGACUGACUAGGCAGUUUGUGCUUGGUAUUUCAGCUGUCCAAUCUCUGCUAAGUACAGAAUUUAUAUUAUUAUUUACAUAUACUUUCUUGAUUAGGAAUUUGAAAAUAGUUUUUAAAGGGAGGAUGGAAACAAAAUUUUCAUCUAGAGACAUCUUAUCUCUUCUCUAAUUUAAACAGAAAGAGUCUGGUAAGGAGCUGGCCGUUCAGCCUGCUUCACCCAGUCUAGGGAGGUUAAGUCUACA